AUGGGUGGGAUCACCCUGAGAUAUACCAUAUGCGACAAUUUCUACGGCGCCAGCGGUGUCCAAGGUGCCUUGGAGGCUCCUGCUGCUACUGGUGGUUUGGAGGUUGUCAUUGAGUUGGAUGUCGGUGGUGCUUCUUCUUCCGACUACGUCACCGUCACCAACGCCUGUCUGGCCGUCUCCAGCUGUGUUGGUGUUGCCGUCUGGGGUGUCGGCGAUGCUGACUCAUGGCGUGCGGGGGAGGCCCCUCUGCUCUUCGCUAAGUACGCCUACAUGGCAUUCACUGGUAAUUGGGUGACAUAA